CUGGGAUGGGUUGACGCGUGGGACCCAACGGGUGCUUCCUCCUCCUGCAGUCACUGCUGCUGCUGCUGCUUCAGCCUUGCUGCGUGCACCAUGCAGCCCCCUCACCUCGUCCUCUUCCUCUUUCUCACCCUUCUCCUCCCUGGGACGUGGGCAGACCCAGAGGCAGAGACACAGGUUCUCCAGUUGCUCCAGACCAUCCUCUUCACCAAUGUCAGCUCCGCUGAGGUGUUCGGGGUGACUCUCCUGGGGGAUGUGCCCAUCUACGCGCUGGAUCCUGCCGACCGGAGCCUCCGCUUCCACUGGCCGUGGUCCCGACAGGCUGCAACCGAGGGUGAUAUGGGGAAGAUAAAGUCCCAUUUAAAAGUCGCUCUGCGCAAUAUGGUCCGAUACGUGCAUGAAGUGGCGCAGAAGGUGCAACUGGACUACCCAUUGGUGAUACAGAGCCGUGCGGGCUGUGUGCUGCACCCCAAUAGGACAAGCUGGGGUUUCAUGGAUGUUGGGGAGGGUGGCAGAGACCUCAUAGCUUUUGAGGUGGAGAGGCAGCGCUGGGAGCCCCGGCAGAUGUCCUCGCUAGCAGAGCUGAUCAGCAAGUCCCUCAACAGCAAAAAGGCAGUCACGAGUCUCCUGGAGCACCUCCUCUCCAUCUCCUGCCAGAGCCACAUCCUCGCCCUGUGCAGGUACGGGAGGGCUGAUCUGGAAAGACAAGAGAUGCCCGUGGCCACGGUCUUCGCCCGCACGCCCAGACCAGACCAGCUCCUGCUGGUUUGCCAUGUCACCGGCUUCUACCCGCGACCCAUCAGCGUGGCAUGGCUGCGGGACGGCCAGGAGGUGCCACCAGGCCCGACGCUCAACACCAGCGCCAUCCUGCCCAACGCCGACCUCACCUACCAGCUCCGCAGCGUCCUGGCCGUGGCCCCCCAUGAUGGGCACAGCUACGCCUGCCGCGUGCGGCACCGCAGCCUGGGCACGCGCAGCCUCCUCAUCCCUUGGGAAAACCACAGUGGAGCUCCAACCACCAGCAUCACCAUCGCAGUGCUGCUUCUUGUGGCUGCAGCCUCUGCUGGGGGAUUUUGGUGGUGGAAGCGCAGAAAAGGUGAUGAGACCACAUGGGAGACCCAGGAAUUCAUGAUUUGACGCCUGGCUGCCUCCCCACCAAUGAGUUCCCUUGCCACCAGCUCUCCUGGCUCAUCUCAUCUCCCAUCCCUGACCCACCAGCACCUACAGGCGUUUGCUCUGGAAAACCACCGCAUUAAACAGCUACAAACCUCCCUAGCUGCAAGUGGCUCCUGUGGUUCUCACCCUCCUUCCCCCUCAGGAGGUCCCCCCAGGAAGCACCGCCAGCGCACUGCAGAUUCCCCACACUGCGGCCAGGAAGACUUUCCCUUUUCCUGGACACUGGCCCAUGUCCCUGGCAUGUCAGGAGAAGCAAUGCCUCCCCCAGCCUCUCCCACCCCUCGGCAUCUCCAUGGCCAGUGUCCGUCCCUGGCAGAAGGGCAGUGACAACCUGGGGCCAGACCAGCGUGGGGCUGCUGAGUGGGAUGGAGGAUGGAGCAGUCCACAAACCAGGGAGAGAUGGAGCGAUUUGAGCUGUUUUGCUGAGGAGAAAGGGGAAGGGAGGACCCAAGUGACCUCUCCAAUCCCCUGACACCGGGAGCCAUUUCGAGCAGGUGCGAAGCCGCUCUGGCUCCAGUGCUGAUCUCCCCCUCUGUCUGGGAUGGGUUUGGAUCAGGAUCUCCUCCCCUCCUGACUCCUGCCCCCACGCCCGACUCCUGCCCCUGCAAAAGCUGGAGGGAUUGGGGGCCAGUCACCCUCCGAAUAAGGGAGAUCGCUCAGCAAUUAUCGUCAUGAGCAAAACAGACUCAGCUUUAGGAAAUUAAUCAAAUUUAUUGCCAAUCAAAAUCAGGUACGAUAAUGAGAAAUAAAAUAUCUAAAAGCAUCUUCCCCCGA